AAAGAAAGAAUAGAGAGAAAGAAAUGGCAAGGACGAGAAGAAACAACAAAAAAGCUGCUGAAGAUACAUGUAUCUCAGAUUACAGUAUCUCACUUGAGGAAACUUGCUUGUUCUCAUAUGAGUCAAAUGAGCCAAAUAGAAUUGCUGGACGUAGCACAAGGGCUACUAAAAGUGUUACUGCUAACGAGAGUAUUGGAGGUACUAGAGUUGGUCGUGGUAAAAGGACUACCAAAUGUGAUACUGCUAAUGAGAGUAUGGGAAGUACUGGAGUUGGUCGUGGUACAAGAACUACUAAAAGUGUUACUUCUAAUGAGAGUGUUGGUGUUACUGGAAUUGGUCGUGGUAAAAGGACUACUAAAAUAGGUGUUACUGCUAAUGAGAGUGUUGGUGUUACUGGAAUUGGUCGUGGUAAAAGGACUACUAAAAGUAAGAAAUAAUGAAAAGA